GUUCAAGCCAAGGACACACCCCCGGACCUUAGCGUGCGUGCACGGCUGUCUACUUGUGAUUGUAGUUUUCAGUUUUGCUAGAUGGAUGUCUACAAACUGUACAUUUUACAUGGAGAUGACAGCUAGAUCAUUUACAAGUCAUGGCGACCAUCGUUCUUUAUUCCAUGAACAGAACGGCGCAAACCACGGCGAGACUAUGUUUUUUUCCGUAUUCAACGCGAGCUUCCAUAGUGGACUCGCGCAUAUCUUUCUUCCAUAACACUUCGGUCCGCAGGUUAACUCCGCUUCCGGGAGCGAGAUGGGUUCCCAAAGCUACUGGAGUGCAGUUCAUGUCCAAUGGGACUGCAGGCAAAACGGCAACCGGGCGAACCAGGAGAAGCGCCCUGCUGGUUGCUGGAGCAGCGGCGGCAGUGGUGGGUUUUGUGGCUAGCGCGAGUCACUUUCAGCGGGCUGAAAUGGCAACCAUGAUCACCAAAACCGAGGAGACGGAGAUAUCGGAGAAAUGCAAGAAGUUCAUGUCUCCGCCGUGUACUGACGUCAAAGUGCUGCAGCAGAAGAAAGAGGAAAUGUGCACGAGGAUGGAGAUGCUGAUCAUGGAGACUCAGGCGGAGUUCUGCAGAGCGCUCGAGGAGGUGGACGGCGGCAAGUUCAAAGUGGACAAGUGGGAACGGAAAGAAGGUGGCGGGGGCAUCAGCUGUGUGCUGCAGGAUGGGAAGGUGUUUGAGAAGGCGGGGGUCAACGUGUCCGUGGUGUUUGGGAACCUGACCGAGGAGGCCGCCAAGCAGAUGCGCAGCAGAGGGAAGGUUCUCCGAGGGAAAGAUGGCAUCCUGCCAUUCUGUGCCAUGGGUGUGAGCUCAGUCAUCCACCCCAAGAACCCCCACAUUCCCACAGUGCACUUCAACUACAGAUACUUUGAGAUAGAAGAAGAAGAUGGCACUAAACAGUGGUGGUUUGGUGGCGGUACAGACCUGACUCCUACCUAUGUCAAUAAGGAGGAUGGUGCUCACUUUCACAACAGUCUGAAGGAGGCCUGUGAAAAACAUCACCCCAAGUACUACCCCGACUUCAAAAAGUGGUGUGACCGGUACUUCUACAUCCGCCAUCGUGGCGAGACGCGGGGCAUCGGUGGCAUCUUCUUUGACGACCUGGACUCUCCCAGCCAGGAGGAGGCAUUCAGCUUCGUUAGGAGCUGUGCCCAGACCGUGGUGCCCUGUUACUUGCCCAUCGUCUACAAACACCUCGAUGACCCCUUCAGCCCAGAGGAGAAGGACUGGCAGCAGGUGCGGAGAGGCAGGUGGGUACAAAUGAGAGGGUGUGGGUGUACCUCGGGCUGUGGCGGUAUGUGUGUGGUACUGUGUGAUCUCCUCAUGUCUCUGCCCCUCACAGCCAAGUGGGAGUACAUGCAUGAACCUCCUAAAGGUUCCCAGGAGGCCGAUACGCUGGAGGUGUUACGAAACCCCAAGGAGUGGGUCUGAAAUGGCCGUUGCCGUGGAGAUACCAACCUGACUCAGCCUUCAGAACAGGAGCCGACAUGAGCUGUUGACUGGAACAGGCGUCCGUCCCUUUGACUGCUUUGUCAUCGGCCAACUCACCGCUGAUGCGAUUAGCUAGUUGUUACUGGAAAAUGCACACCUGCCUUUAUUUCUUUUGCUGUCUGUUUCUUAUUGCUUGAUAUACUAUUGUCUGUGUCAGAUAAGCCUUAACACUACCAUUUAAAUGUUUUAUCCAGAGUGACUUACAGGAACAAUUUGGGCUAAGUGCCUUGUUCAAGGGCACAAACUGAUUUUUUUCACCUAGGUGAUUUCAAACUAGUGACCUUUUCGGUAACUGGCCCGACACUCCCUGAACCGCUACCCCUUUGCCUUCCGCCCGACUGCUUCAGUUAAUAUUUCCUGUGUACCAACUGGUUGAGAUUGGCUUGCUCUGCUAGUAUAUUUUUCUCUCUAGCUACAGUGGCCUCUUGGUCUCCUGUUGGGGAUUAAUCAGAAGUAGUUGGGUAACAUAGAUAGGAUGUUUUAUUUUCAUGAUAUGCUUAUGAGUUAUUUCUCAUAAGAAUGUAUUUUGUUGUACUAUAGUGGUGGCCAUUUGCAGUUUAUCUGUUCUCGGUCAGGACUAAGUUGCUUGGGCUGCAGAGAGGGGAGAGGUCAAGGUGUCAUCAUGUGUAAACAUAUUUUAAACCAUGUGAAGAGAUUAUUGAUGGGGAACCAAUUAUCUCUUGGCUCCACUGUGUCUGUGUGCCAGUCACUCCCUACUUUUCCCAUCGGGGAGAGGAGGAUGGCAGUGUCUGGAACCAUUCUAUGUUCCCUCUCUCGUUGCCCCUAUCUUGACCUAGAGGCUCACUUUCCUCUCCGUGAACUUGUCCAGAAUUGGUUGUAUUUAGGAUGGAGUAUCUAAAAUGACAAUUUGAUAUAUAUCAUUGGGAGGGGGUAAUGUCUUGGUACCAUUUUGUACCAAGGACGAGAUAAGAGCUUUGUUUAGGAGACCAAACUGAACGAUAAUUUAAAGUCUUUCUUUGUGUAAGUUCCUAAGACCUGUGGUUUGUCAUGUCAACUAGGGGGGGUGGAUCUUUGCUAUAAAGGAUCCCAGUUGCCAUUAUAUGUUGAGCACUCUCAACUUUUCGUUAGAGAUACUGAACUGUUGAAAGUCAAAAUGCUUUUGCAAAAGCUUAAUUAUUAUUAAAGGUGAAGAUGAAGCAUAA